AUUUGGUGAUUCUUCUGGCACCAAACUGGCCAAAUCUGCUAUCUCGAAGACCUUUAUUCCACCAUGCUUCAUAGUCCUAGGCAGGAGCGGACUGACAACUCAUGGGGCCCCCGGGCAAUAGGGGAUCAUGGGCCCCUGUGUCCUUGCCCAAGCUCAAAAAAGCCUAUGAAAAAGGUACCAGGGGCAUCUCAUGGGGCCCCCUACUGACCCCGGGCCCUCGGGCAGUGUCCGAGUUUCCAAAUGGUCAGUCCGCCCCUGGUCCUAGGUCCUAA